CUCAGGGUUUUGAACUUUCCCUUGUUUUCCCUUCCACCUCCUUCCCAUUCCAUUUCAUCAGGGUUUUAGACCUCUUCACACUCUAAACCUCUUUCAACUUCCAUCCAUGGAGUCCCUCGCUAAACUUAACCACCGUCACCAGCCCCUCCACCUCUCAAUCAAUCCCAACCGUCCAUCUUUCCCUAACCCCAUUUCUUCCUUCCGGCCGCCGCGCUCCUCCUCACCUUCCAACUUCUCCUCCCUCAAAAUCCGAGCCUCCUCCUCGGCGGACCCACCUCAUCAUACCCCCCAAAACCCUAAACCCUCGUUCCUCCAAACCCUAUCCCCUCUCGCCUGCGCCGCCAUAGCCGCCGCCGCAUUCUUCACCAUGCGGUUCCACCCCACCAAGCCCGCCGUCGCCGCCCCAAUCGCGCCGGCCACGGUGGAGCCCAGGGAAGAAACCGCCGGGAAAUUGCCGUAUGAGGACGCGGAGAGACAAAUUGAGGAGCGAUUGAGCCGUGACCCGAACGAUGUCGAAGCGCUUCGGUCUCUGAUGGAGGUGAAAAUCAAAGCCCACAAGCUAACCGAAGCGGUUCAGGUGCUGGACCGGUUGAUCGAGAUCGAACCGGAAGACUAUGAGUGGCAAUUGCUCAAGGCCAAUGUUCAUACUUAUUUGGGUGAGAAUGACCUAGCUGCUAGUGAAUUCGAGGACAUUUUGGCCAAGGACCCUCUUCGGGUUGAGGCCUAUCAUGGGCUGGUGAUGUCUGCGUCGCAGUCCGAAGAGAAAUUGAAGCUCGUGUUGAAGAGGGUUGAGAAGGCAAUGGAGGGGUGCAAGAAGCAGGGGAACACUUCGGAUGUGAGGGACUUUAAGCUGUUGAUUGCUCAAAUUCGAGUGAUGGAGGCCGAAUACAAGGAUGCAUUGGAGCUGUAUCAAGAGCUUGUGAGGGAGGAGCCGAGGGAUUUCAGGCCGUAUCUGUGUCAGGGAAUUAUAUACACUCUGUUGAGGAAGAAGAAUGAGGCUGAGAAACAAUUCGCAACAUUCAGGAAGCUUGUUCCCAAGAAUCAUCCUUACAAGGAGUACUUCGAUGAUAACAUGUUUGCGACCAAGCUUUUUGGGGCAAAGGUGGACAGGGAGACAGCGGGGUCGAACAUGUGAGGUGAGGGAAAUGUGACUCUUGAUUUAAGGUUAUUGUGGAUGCCUCAGCUUUCGAGUUAACACUUGGGCUUGUAGUGUUUUCAUUGGGACUGUAGGUAACUUAGUAGUAGUGCUAUAAGUAUUCAGAAUGUAGAGGUAUCUUGCACAUCAAUCAGUGAAAUUUUAGUGCUUUGUUGAACCAGUUUUGUUUCAAUUUUUGAAGUUAUAGAUAGAAAGAUUUAUUUUAUGAUGUUCA